AUGGCAUGGGAGAAUCAGACCUUCAAGUCUGACUUCAUCCUUCGGAAUCUUCAAUCACAGCCCCGCCCACACCUUCCUUUUCUCUCUGGCCUGGGCAUCUUCACAGUGGCCUUCGCAGGAAAUACUGCCAUGGUUCUCCUUAUUUACCUGGACUCCCAGCUCCACACCCCCAUGUACUUCCUCCUCAGCCAACUCUGUCUCAUAGACCUCAUGCUUAUCUGCACCACAGUACCUAAGAUGGCCCUCCACUACUUGUCCGGCAGGAAAUCCAUCUCUGUGGCAGGUUGUGGAACCCAGAUAUUUUUCUAUGUGUCCCUGCUUGGAGCUGAAUGUUUCCUGUUGGUUGUCAUGGCCUAUGACCGCUAUGUUACCAUUUGUCAUCCAUUAAGAUACCCAAUUCUCAUCAGCCAGAAAAUCUGUGGUCUCAUGGCUGCCUCUUCCUGGAUUCUUGGCUCUUUUGAUGGUAUAACUGAAGUUGCAGUUGCCUUGUCCUUCUCAUAUUGUGGUGCCCGGGAAAUACCUCACUUCUUCUGUAAUGUUCCUGCCCUUCUCACUCUCUCAUGCACUGACACCUCAACAUUUGAAAGGAUGAUAUUUAUCAGCUGUAUAAUCAUGCUUCUUUUACCUGUAGCAGUCAUCAUUGCUUCCUAUACUCGUGUCCUUCUGGCUGUCAUUAGCAUGGGGUCUGGUGAGUGUCGUUGCAAGGCUUUCCCUAUGUGUUCCUCCCACCUCAUGGUGGUGGGGAUGUACUAUGGAGCAGCCAUGUUCAUAUACAUGCGGCCCACUUCUGAUAGUUCCCCAACUCAGGACAAAAUGAUAUCAGCCUUCUAUACCUUUCUCAUUCCUACAUUGAAUCCUCUCAUCCAUAGCCUCCGCAACAAAGAAAUGACCAAAAAUGAAGGUAUUAGGGAAGGGUAG